CUCUCCUCCAAUAACUGCAUCACGGACAUAUGCACGACGAUACGUCCCAUACAAUGAAGAUCUUUAUGUCAAACCCAACCUUCUCAAACGGGCGAUCGUCCUCCGACAAUCAGGCUGUGCACGCGAAAGCAUGCACGAAGUGACAUACGGUGAGCACCUUCAUGCAUCGGCCGCUGCUCGUCAAUCAGACAUUUCUGGUCUCGGGUGCAGAUCUUCGGGCUUGGUGUUGCGUACAAUGUGAACUUUGGUAGGCAAUCAAGGAUAUGACCAGCUUGUAAUUGUCACUGCCUACCCAAUCAAGAUUCAUGCCUCGACAGCAUUAAAGGCCAUGUCGUGUUUCGACAACUUAGAUCCGGUGAAAGUAAGAGCUCGGACAAGGCCGAGGAAUAUUGCCGAGCUGGGAGAAGAUCAAUAAAGUGUGAAAAUGUCUCGACUGCUCGAGGCAGAAUUCUCUACCAACAAACUGCACCCAGUGGUCACUUCAAAGUCCAUGGCCGAGCGCAAUCACUUGAACGCCUACUCGGGCCCAAAUUCUCUCCGAGACUACUUUGACCCGGACUGCCAACCGAUGCUCCCGCUCGUUGAAAUUCCGCAGUCUCUCAACCCAUUCUACGAUGAUGGUGUCAGGAUACACGCGAAAAUGAUGUCGAUGCAUCCUGCAAACAACGUCAAGAUUAUGCCAGCACUGAAUAUGCUAGCACAAGAGGUCGACCCCAUGAAGUCGAAGACUGUCAUCGAGUACAGCUCCGGUUCCACCGUCAUUUCUUUGGCGCUUGCCUCUCGUAUAAAUCACGGCAUAAAUGAUGUGCGAGCUUUCCUGAGCAACAAGACCUCACCGGCAAAGCUCCGGCUGAUGCAGUUCUUUGGCCUCGAUGUAACACUGUUUGGUGGGCCUUCGCAACCUGAGCCGCUCGACGAACGUGGGGGCAUUCGUCGAGCACAGCUUCAAGCCCAAGAAGACCCAUCAGUGCUGAACGCAAAUCAGUACGAGAAUGAUGCUAACUGGCAAUCCCACGUGAGGUGGACAGGCCCACAAAUCCACGAACAGCUCCCCCACAUCAACCUUAUCUGUGCUGGUAUGGGCACAUCAGGUACGAGUACCGGUCUCGGGCAGUACUUCAAGCAUGCUAAGCCUUCUGUAAUACGGCUCGGUGUUUGUACCGCGGCUGGCGAUCGAGUGCCAGGCCCAAGAUCCUACGCGUUGCUCAGCCCUGUGGAGUUCCCCUGGCGCGAUUCAGUCGAUGCUAUCGAGGAGGUGGGGUCCAAAGAUGCAUUUGGCUUGUCACUACAGCUGUGUCGAGAAGGCUUGAUUUGCGGCCCGUCAUCAGGUUUCAACUUGCAAGGUCUUUUCAAUUACUUGGGUAAACGCAAGGCUGCAGGUACCUUGAAGGGCAUCGCUGGCCCGUACGGCUUGAUCAAUUGCGCCUUCAUCUGCUGCGACUUGCCAUAUCAGUAUGUGGACGAGUAUUUCGACAAGCUCGGUGACGCCUCGUUUCACCCAAUACACGACCAGAACUUGGCAGCAGUUGAUCUCUAUCGAUAUGAUGAAGCAUGGGAGCUGGAGCCUACACGGGCUCUCUCGCAAUUUGCCGACAGCCUGAACGGAACCGGUGCGGCUCUGCUGGACCUGCGAAAGCCAGACGACUUCGCCACCAGUCACGUCCCUGGGGCUUAUAAUCUUCCAUUACGCAGUUCUGGUGCUUCAACGCCCAGUCCGUUCUCAGAAGCCUCAGUGUUGGAAAGUCAAUGGAAGGAACUUGAAGCGACAUUCACGUCCGAUCGUAUCAAUGCCCACGACCUCGUUGGUAAGGACGUCUACGUCAUGUGCUACAGCGGCGACACUGCUAGAGUAGCCACGAGCGUGUUACGUGCACGAGGCAUAGCUGCGAGUAGUGUGAAAGGAGGCUAUUCUGCGUUGCGGAAAGAUAUCCCACACUUGCAGAUGAUUGAGCAAGGCAGAGGUCUUCUGAAGCAGGAUUGGCUGAACUCAUCUAGUGUCACCGCAAAAGAAGUGAAAAACGUCCCAUUGCGUGGGUAUAGCGAGGUAGUCGUUGGGCCUCCGUAGAUGAACACAUACUUGGACCUACGUACUCAUCAUUUGUUCUUGUUGAACGGAGAACAGGGCAUUGAGGUUUCAGCGAGCUAAAAGAGACGGAAGGUCUGGAGACAGUGCUGGAAUGCUUGUCUAUCAAUUCAGCAUUGUCAAAUGUUCAAUGUGCGAAGCCAAGGGUAUUGCUCGCCUUGUCGAGUGCAAAAGGUUCACAAUCUAGUGAAUGCGCACGUCUACCUGUCCACUUCUGUCAAUCCAUACGAUGGCCUAUUUGCAUUUACUGCUUCAUCACUCAUGCAUUUUUCGACGAUAUGUACAAAUGCGUCGCUACAGUGUCUCGUGAAUUAACUACC